AUGAACGCUUUUCUUAUUUUUAGCCGAUUGUAUCGUCAAAAAAACCCGGGAAAUCGAUUUACUCCUGAAGAAAUAGGCCUUAAGUGGAGAUCAAUGAGUGCAAGGGAACGUGAACGUUACUUCGAGGAUUCAAAUCGUAUAAAAAAUCAAUUUAAACUCGAGAAUCCUAACUUUAAAGAAAAGCGUAUUCGUUUAGUUAGGAGAAAGAAUAAAAAAUUCAUGAAUAGUUCUCCGGAGAAAAUGCAGGACGAACAACUUUUUAAAGAAUACACGAAUAAAUCUCCGGAGAAAAUGCAAGAAAAAAAACCCACGAAUCCAUAG